CAUUUUAAUACCUGUUCAUUUGCAAUAAACUAAUACCAAUACUAAGAUAUCUUGUUUACAAUAGCGAAGAAAAGUCAGGGGUUUCCUAAAAGGAAACAAAGCUUGCCAAGUUGGACAAGAUUCCUGGGUGGUGUACGGAGCACCCUUCCAGUGAUUGUGGAGAUAUAAGCGUAGUACAUGGUUCGGAGCAUUCCUCAGCCCCUGGGCUACUAUUGGUUGUUAAACGGCCUAAUUACGAUCUUACAACUUAGUCACUAGUGGUAAGAUAAAGUAGAUACCAAGAAUAGCCAAAGAAAAAGCCUUUUUGGUAGUGGGAACUUUUAUAAGGCGAGGAUUGUUAUUAUUUUUUGGUACUCCCUUAAAUUUUCACUGUAUAUUUUAAUAUUGAUAAAUUUUUUUGUUGUUUAUUGGUUGUUUAUUUAAUUUACUACUUCUUCAUUAGUUUAUGUUUCUGUUGAUAUGGCACAACGAGACUUGACUUAUAACAGCCCUUCUGUUGCUGUGGACGAUUAUGAUGAUACAAACUCCAAUGAACCCUUGAACCCUUUCCAGGAAUCGUUGUCCAAUUCAGAUUUGGCCCAUUUUAGAUAUACUGAUCGAAACGUUAGUGAGCUGUCUAACUCCAAUGGUAAUUCAGAUGAUGAUUUUAAUGGCUAUUAUAAUUCUCAGAAUAAUACCACUACUAACUUAUUACAACCUCCGGCAAAUAAAACCAUUCCUGCUUAUGCUCCCGAAUUUGAUCGGUAUCUGUCUAGAUUAGGUUCUAGAGUGGUUAGUUCAUCUUCUUUGGUUUCUCAAAAUCAAAUGGAACCAACUACCAAGUUAUUAAAUGAAAAUCAUGAUUUCAGUCCCUUUGGUGGCUACCCAGCUUCAAGUUUCCCCUUACAUAUCGAUGAAAAGGAACCUGAUGAUUAUUUACAUAAUCCUGAUCCAAUUAAAGAUGCUGAUUAUGAUAAAAAUCGUUUUUGGUACGAUUUGAAAACAAUGGAUAAAAAAUCGGCUGGUGGGUUUUUCGGUUUCUUAUUCUUGAUCAUUUGUGCAAUUGUGGUUUUCAUCUUAUUACCAGUUUUAACUUAUUCCGGUAUAACAAACCCUUAUAAACCAGAAUCUUAUGAAAUCUUAACCCAGUAUCUGUACCCCUUGAUUGCAGGUAUAAGAACCUCCUUGGUUGACCCUGAUACUCCCCAGGAUGCUUUAACUCAUAAAAAUAAAGAUGGUAAAACUUGGAAAUUGGUGUUUAGUGACGAAUUCAACGCAGAUGGAAGAACAUUCUAUGAAGGUGAUGAUCAAUUUUUCCAAGCAGCCGAUUUACAUUAUGAUGCAACAAAAGAUUUAGAAUGGUAUGAUCCCGACGCGGUCCAAACCGCAAAUGGUACUCUUAAUUUAAGAUUAGACGCAAUUAAAAAUCAUGAUCUUUUCUAUCGUUCCGGUAUGGUUCAAUCUUGGAAUAAAAUGUGUUUCACCCAAGGCUUAAUCUUAGCCUCUGCUAGAUUACCAAACUCGGGAGCGGUUUCCGGAUUAUGGCCCGGUAUUUGGACCAUGGGUAAUUUGGGUAGACCCGGUUACUUGUCAACUACUGAAGGGGUUUGGCCGUAUACUUAUGACAGUUGUGAUGCAGGUAUCACCGCUAAUCAAUCGUCCCCCGACGGUAUUAGUUAUUUACCAGGACAAAAAUUAAACUCCUGUACUUGUAAUGGUGAAGAUCAUCCAAAUCGUGGUACUGGUCGUGGUGCUCCAGAAAUUGAUAUCAUUGAAGGGGAAAUCGAUACUACAAAAUAUUUCGGAGUGGCUUCUCAAUCUUAUCAAGUGGCUCCUUAUGAUGUUUGGUAUUAUCCCGAUUACAAUUUCGUGGAAAUUCAUAAUCCAGAUGUCACCUGCAUGAAUACUUACACUGGUGGUCCUUUACAACAAGCUGUUAGUGGUACAACUACCCUUAACACUGAGUGGUAUGAACGAGGCCCCGGUGGUUCCAAUUUCCAAGUUUACGGAUAUGAAUACUUGAACGAUAAUGAAGAUGGUUAUAUCACUUGGUAUGUCGGUGAUGAAACCCCUACUUUGACCGUCCAGGCCUAUGCUUUGGCUCCGAAUGGUAACGUUGGGUUCAGAAGAAUUUCAAAAGAGCCAAUGUCAAUUAUUAUGAAUUUAGGUAUCUCUAAUAAUUGGGCUUAUAUCGAUUGGACUUCUCUUAAUUUCCCUGCUACUAUGAGAAUCGACUACGUUCGUGUAUACCAACCUGAAGAUGAAGUAAACCUUGGUUGCGAUCCUACCGAUUACCCUACUUAUGACUAUAUUGAAAAUCACAUUAACGCUUACUCAAACGUUAAUUUAACUAGUUGGGAAGAUGCUGGAUAUACUUACCCGAAAAACUCUUUGGUCAAUGGCUGCUGAAACCCCGGAUUUUUCUUCUUUGUACUAAUAUUUUCCUUUAUCUCAUUAUUGUUUAUUUUUGUAUUAUUAGUUUAGUUGCAAAAGGUGUCUUCAUAUCAAAAAUGUAUAUGUCAAAAUUGCAAAAUUGCAAAAAAUGUAUUAAUUGCAAAUUUAGCGGUCCGCAAAAUGCCACACUUCCCUAGACGUCACGCCCGUACACCCAUAAUAUUAAUUUUUGACGUAAUAUGUCAGAAUUAUGGCUGCAAUCCACAGUUUAAUGAUAACCGGAAUAAAUUAACAAUUGCAAAAAAUUAGAUCAUAUCAAUCAAACCAGCGGAAAAUUGUUCCUUGAGCUAUAAAUACGAU